UCUAGCCUUUUGAGUCUUUUUCUCACCGAGCCUGCCGUCUGUUUAUUUAUUUUUCAUUUCGUUUUCGUUGGUUUUUAAAGGAGACUUGUCUUGUUCUGUCACCUCCAGAGCAGGGAAGAGUUUCUUGCUCAGAAGCCCGAAUACAAUGAAUUCUGACUCCAGCUCUGUCUCCAGCAGAGCUUCCUCACCAGACAUGGAUGAGAUGUACCUGAGAGACCACCACCACCACCACCAUCACCACCAUCAAGACAGCCGUCUCAACUCUGUCUCCUCCACCCAGAACGACCUGGUGCAGAAGAUGUCCGGGGAAGGCCUCUCCAGGACCGGCUCCAAGGCCGGAGGGGAAGGCAGCAAGUACAAAAUCAAGAAGCAGCUCUCGGAGCAGGACCUGCAGCAGCUGCGGCUGAAGAUCAACGGGCGGGAGCGUAAGAGGAUGCACGACCUCAACCUCGCCAUGGACGGGCUGCGGGAGGUGAUGCCCUACGCCCAUGGACCUUCCGUGCGGAAACUCUCCAAAAUCGCCACCCUCCUGCUAGCCAGAAACUAUAUCUUGAUGCUCACCAGCUCCCUGGAGGAAAUGAAGAGGCUGGUGGGGGAGAUCUACGGGGGGCACCACUCCGCCUUCCACUGCAGCACGGUGGGACACUCGGCCGGGCACCCACCACACGCCGCCAGCGCCGUGCACCAGGUGCACCCCAUCCUCGGCAAUGCCUUGUCCUCUGCCAGCACCCCCACCUCGCUGCCAGCCUCCCUGCCGGCCCUCGGCACCAUCCGGCCCCCCCACUCCUUGCUCAAGACCCCCUCGACCCCCCCGGGCCUGCAGCUGGGCAGCGGCUUCCAGCACUGGGCGGGCUUGCCGUGCCCCUGCACCAUCUGCCAGGUGCCCCCCCCGCCGCACCUCUCGGCCCUCAGCGCCUCCAGCAUGGCCCGCAUCGCGGGGGACACCAAGGACCUGCUCAAGUGACUCGGAGCGGCCCCGCGGGCCCCGGAGGC